AUGUUCAAGAAACUGGUUCUUAUCUUUGCUCUAGUUGCUGUAUCUUAUGCUGGCACAUGCAAUUCUUAUGAGAGAGAGCAGCUCAAUGAAGGCUAUAAACCUUGUGUCUAUACUGAUACCAAGGGUAACCCAACCGUUGGAGUUGGCUUUAAUUUAAACAAACCUGGAGCAAGACAAGCCUUAGAAGGAGUAGAAGCCAACUAUGAUGCAGUCCGUAAUGGCAGUGAGUGUCUAAAUGAUGGACAGAUAAGGACAUUGUUUAAUGAUGAUAUGGCAGAGGCUGUUAGCUGUGUUGAAAGCUGGCUGGGAUCAAGCUAUUAUGCUUUAGGAUCAGAUCCUAUAUCAGCCAUAGCUGAUAUGGCCUUCAACAUGGGCUGUGCUAAACUACGUGGAUUUGUAAAGUUCCGUGCAGCACUGACUGAGUCUCCUCCUGAUUAUGAAGCAGCUGCAAAAGAAAUGCAAAAUUCAGUUUGGUGUCAACAAGUGGGGAAUCGCUGCCAGUUACGUGAUAUUCCUUGCAUGCACGGCUAG